AUGCACACACGAUCUGUAAACGUCGGAGGACUACCUGUCAAUGUAUAUAGUACGUCUUCUAGCUUCACAAAACCAGUUGUGAUAUGCUUCUUACUCCAUGGACGAAAAUCCACGACAAUCUCUCUGGUACCUCAUAUCGAGGAAAUAUUGAGGAAAUGUCCCCAGGUUGAGAAGGAGUUGGCCUUGGUUGCAUUUGAUCAUCGAAACCAUGGUCAUCGUCUGGUAGACGCGAAAGCCAACGAAGGGUGGCAUGAAGAUCCCGCGAAGUCCAAUCCCGCUCACGCUAUUGACAUGUAUACUAUCCAAGCUGGAACGGCCAGAGACAUCACCUUUUUGAUCGACUUCCUACCUGCAUACUUAUUUCCCAGAAGUGAUGUCACAAUCGCAGAAUGGGGAGUAGCCGGUAUCAGUCUCGGUGGGCAUUCUACCUGGAUUUCUCUUGCUCAAGAACCUAGGAUCACCUUUGGUAUCCCUAUAAUUGGAUGUCCCGACUUUCUGACAUUAAUGACCGAGCGAGCGAAGAAGUUCAAUAUUUCUCUCGAAGGGUCGGAAUACCUCCCCGAUAGUAUCCUGGGGCUCAUUCGCAAGUCAGAUCCUGUCACUACACCAUCCCGGCGAAGUGACCCUUCGAAUCCUUUCCUCAAUAAGAAGAUCCUCGUUUUGUCCGGAGGAAAUGAUACCCUAGUCCCGUGGAGGACGAGCGAAUACUUUGUAAACGAACUAGAGGUUGGAAGGAAGGGUUAUAAGGAGGUUUACGUUCAUCCUGAAGCGGGACAUGAAUUUACGAAGGAAAUGGAAAAGAAAAUGAUUGAUUUUCUGGGAGCAAAGGUGUUGAUUACGACGAACUACUAA